AUGAGUGCUUGCAAGGUGAAGAACUUAAGGUCAUCGAAAAUCUGGAGCACUCUGCGGCAACCUAUGAAGCAGCCAAGGCUCAAUUUAAACGAAAGUAUGGUGGAAAACGCAGAGCGCUUACAUUACGACUUGAGGAAGUUGAUAAAAGAAGGGAAUGAGAAGGAUCUUGAGCAUUUUGCUGAGCUACUAGAUGCAGCAGUAAUGAACCUUACAGACGCCAAUCAGGAAGUAGAGCUUGGUAGUGGGUCACUUUACAUCACUUUACAACGCAAGUUCAAUAAGAAUCUUGUAACCAAGUACAAGUAGUGGGUCUGUGACAACCAUAGAACCGAGAAUGUAAAGACACUGAGGGAGUUUAUUAAUAGAGAGUGAGAGUUUUUAACCACAGCUUCUGAGACAAUAGCAGAUGUACUCAGUGGAUCCAAGAAGGAGAGAGCACUGUUUGCCAAAGAAGAUCCUAACCGUAAGAAGAAACAUUCGAAGAAGUGUAAGGUUUGCAAGGAGUCCGAUGGCCUGUGGACAUGUGAGAAUCUUAAGAUGUCAGUGGACGACAGAUCGAACAUUGCUAAAGAGCAAAAACUGUGUUUUAGAUGUCUCAGUGACGGACACAGAGGAGAAGUAUGUUUCAGGAGCAGGGUCUGCGGGAUAAAAGUUUGUCGUUUUCACCAUCGUCGCUUGCUUCUUGAAGACCCAAAGAAAGAAGAGAAUGCUGAGGUAGCAAGGGAAGCAGAUGCAUCAAAUGCAGUAAAGGCUGGUGCCACCACUGGAGGGGAGUCAAGUGAGAGAACCCUCACAGCCACUAUCAGGACAACUCCUUUACCCACUUCGGAGUUUGUAGCCUUGAGAACUGUUCCUGUUUAUGUGACAAGUGGUAAACGAAGACUGCUCAAGCAUGUUAAGGCAUGGCCUGAGGCUAAUUUGCAUAAAAUCUUAUAAUGGUCAUAACUUUGUAAAAAUUUAUCAGAACCUUCCAAAAUUUGGCAACCUUAAUUUUUCCGUAACGUAAGAAAUCAGAUAUCUGUGUCACGUGACCACUUAUGGUCGAGUCCAGGAAAGAAAAGAAAACUAAAAAUGGGGUGGCGAGAUGCCAGACAGUAUAUAUUAAAUACAGUAUUUUUGUUAUUGUAUCAUCAUUUCCCGCUUGAAUCUGGCCGGAAUGGUUGCCUCGCGUUUUUAUUUAAUUAGCAAUUAAGCAAAAUGAGUCACGUGACACUUUUCACCUGUUAAUAUCUUUCUAAGAAAUUAAAAAUUCUCUCUGUUUCGGCCACGGAAAAAUUCGUACGGUAAAACAAACAUUUACACAUGGUUCAAACUUAGUUGUAAUCAACCAUUCCUACCCCAUUUUGAAUUUUUUUUUAAUAUCAUUAUGACGUCACAUUUCACGUGACCACAUCAUCUCAAGUCUAAUUAAUUCAACGCCUCGAAAGAAAGUUUCUCGAAAGUUUUUUUGCAACUUUUAGAAUUAAAAUGCAUCGCUGUAGAAGAAAAACAGCUUUAUCUUAAGCCAUGCCUUAACAUGCUUGAAUGAAAGUAAACGCUCUCCUUGAUGACGCCAGCAGUAGAAAGUACUUAAACGGCGACAUUGCAGCUGAGUUGGGCCUUGAAGGCACACCACACGAGCUUACAGUUACUGUACUGAAUGACAACCAGGAAAGGUUAGACACCACAGUUGUAGAGUUUACGAUCAGCAGUUGUGAUGGAAAAGUCUCUAAACUAGCUUCUGCCCGUGCAGCAGAGAGAGUCACAGGAAACAUGCAAGUGGUGGAUUGAAGCAAACACAAGCACAAGUGGAUGCGCCCUAA